ACACUUCAUUCUCCCUGGUCACUCAAUAACAGACCUAAAAGUGACAAUUCUUCAACAACAAAAAUUCAAAAACAGACUCCAAUGUGAAACUGCAGAACUGGAAUUAAUUUGCAAACUGGACACCAUCAAAUUAGGCCUGAAUAAAGACUGGGAGUGGUUGGGUCAUUACAAAACCUAAACCUAAUUUCCCCCUACUGUUACUCACACCUUCUUGUCAACUGUUUGAAAUGGGCCACUCUCAUUACCACUACAAAAGUUAUUUUUCCUCCCUUGGUAUCCUACUGUUAAUUGAAUUGUCUCAUUAGACUGACUUCACACUUGGACUCUGAAAUAAGUACAGUGACUGGCUUUUCACAGACUGAUGGCUGAUCGAGUGCUUGUGAUUGGCAGUGGAGGCAGAGAGCAUGCUCUGGCCUGGAAAUUGGCACAAUCUCCACAUGUAAAACAAGUGCUAGUUGCUCCAGGAAAUGCAGGAACAGCUGAUAAUGGAAAGAUUUCAAAUUCAGCUGUGUUAGUCAGCAAUCAUACUAUCCUUGCCCAGUUCUGCAAAGACCAUAACAUUGGACUUGUGGUAGUUGGACCAGAGGCACACUUGGGAGCUGGCAUUGUGGAUGACUUGAUGUCAGCUGGAGUGAGAUGUUUUGGUCCCUCAGCCAAGGCAGCUCAGCUACAGACCAAUACAAGCUUUGCCAAAGCCUUUCUGGAUUGUCAUGGGAUCCCAACAGCAAGAUGGAAAGCAUUCGCCAACCCUCAAGAAGCUUGUAGCUUUAUUACCAGCACAGACUUUCCUGCACUGGUUAUAAAGGCUAGUGGCCAAGCUGCUAGAAAAGAAAUAAUUAUUGCAGCCAGCAAAGAGGAAGCCUGCAGAGCUGUGCAAGAGAUUUUGCAGGAUAAAGUGUUUGGAGAGACUGGAGAGACGGUUGUCAUUGAAGAACUUCUUGAAGGGGAAGAGCUAUCUUGCUUAUGCUUCACUGAUGGUGUCACUGUUGCUCCCAUGCCACUAGUCCAGGCCCACAAACAGUUAAUGGAUGGAGACCAGGGUCCAAAUACUGCAGGGAUGGGAGCUUAUUGCCCAGUACCACAGAUUCCUGAAGCUCUUCUAGAGAAAAUUAAAGACUCUAUCCUGCAACACAUUGUUGAUUGUAUGAGACAAGAGGGAACAACAUAUGUAGGUGUGCUGCAAACGGGAUUAGUGCGUACUAAAGAUGACGUGAAAAUUAUAAACUUUGACUGCCACUUUGGUGACCCGCAGUGCCAGGUAAUUCUUCCACUGCUUAAAAAUGACUUUUAUGAAGUGAUUCAAGCAACAAUUGAUGGCAAACUCUGCAGCUGCAUGCCAGCUUGGUCAGAAAAUCGUACUGCUGUGUCUGUGGUUAUGGCAAGUGAAGGGUACCCAGGAGACUAUGUCAAAGGCAUGGAGGUAACAGGACUUCUACAAGCGCAAGAGCUAGGGGUGACGGUGUUCCAUGCAGGCACAACCAUGCAGGAUGAUAAAGUGGUGACUGACGGUGGCAGAGUCCUUACGGUCACGGCUAUCAAGAAGGAUCUGAUGGCAGCACUGGAAGAAGCCAACAAAGGAGUAGCAGCCAUACGGUUCCAGGGUGCCAUUUACAGAAAGGACAUUGGUUAUCAGGCUGUAGCUUUCCUGCAGCGGUCUGUAGGCCUGAUACAUGGUGACGUACGCGUAGACACUAUAACCAGCAGUGCUUUGAUUAAUCAAUCUGAACCACCAGCUGCAACUGGUAGUAGAUCAGAGUUACCUAAAAGUUGUCCUGGGCAUUUUUUGUACGCAGGCAGCCAUGCAGAGCUGGGAGGCUCUACUGAUUUCUUUGACUUGAAAUCAUCUGGUUAUGAUGAUCCUAUCUUGGUAUCUCGAACUAAAGGCAUUGGAUCUAAAUUGCAGAUUGCACAGAUGUGUAAGAAACAUGACACCAUUGGCCAGGACUUGGUUGCCAUGUGUAUCAAUGACAUCCUGGCUCAGGGAGCAGAGCCCCUCUUCUUCCUUGACUAUUUUGCCUGUGGGAAACUUGACGCUGAAGUGGCUCAAGCAGUCAUAGCGGGAAUAGCUGAAGCUUGUAAAAAGGCAGGAUGCCCUCUCUUGGGAAGAGAGACUGCUGAAAUGCCAGGCAUGUAUUCGCCUGGAGAGUACGACCUCGCUGGCUUUGCAGUUGGUGCAGUGGAACGAGGCCAAAUGUUCCUGCAGCAGGAGAGAGUUGCUGAGGGGGAUGUCGUCAUUGGACUAGCUUCUUCUGGGAUUCACAGCCAUGGCUUUAACCUUGUAAGGAAGAUUCUCUUAAUGUCUUCCCUGCACUACUCGUCUCCAGUACCUGGUGGAUGUGGCGACCAGCCGUUAGGAGAACUAUUGCUAACUCCAACCAAAAUCUACAGCAAGGCUUUGUUGCCUGUCCUUCGUUCAGGGCAUGUGAAGGCCUUUGCUCCUAUAACUGGCGGGGGGUUAAUGGAAAGCAUCCCCAGAAUCCUACCUGAAUCAUUUAGUGUAAUUUUGGAUGCUUAUAGUUGGCAGAUACCUGAAAUCUUCUCCUGGCUCCAAACAGAGGGGAACCUCUCAGAAGAGGAGAUGGCCCGAACGUUUAAUUGCGGGAUCGGUGCUGUCUUGAUGGCAGACAAGGAGCUGGCUCAGCAAGUUCUGAAGGAUGUACAGAGGCAUGAGGAAGCCUGGCUGAUUGGAAAUAUAGUCCCAAGCCACACAGGAUCUUCUCAUGUCAAAGUCAAGAAUCUCCUUAAAGCCUUGCAGUUAAAUAGAUUCCAGUUUCUGCAGAAUGCUGCUGAUACGGACAGUCACCUGCAUGUCGAGCCCCAAAAAAGCAAAGUGAAAGUAGCUGUUCUCAUCUCUGGAACAGGUACAAACCUUGCGGCACUUAUCGCAUAUGCAAAAGAACCAGCAAGCUGUGCACAGAUAGUUCUUGUCAUCUCUAACAAGUCUGGAGACGUGGAAGAAUUGAGAAAUGCAGCCCGGGCUGGGAUUCCCACCAGGGUAGUUGACUAUAAAUUGUAUGGAAGCCGCUCUGAAUUUGACUGCACAAUUGACAGAGUCCUUGAAGAAUUCUCUGUUGAACUGAUCUGUCUCGCAGGAUUUAUGAGAAUUUUGUCCAGUGCUUUUAUCAGAAAGUGGAAUGGUAAAAUUUUGAACAUUUGUCCAUCACUAUUACCUUCAGUCAAAGGGGGAAAUGCCCAUAAACAGGUGCUACAACCAGGAGUCAAAGUCACUGGCUGUACAGUACAUUUUGUACUUGAGGAAGCUAAUACAGGAGCAAUUAUUCUCCAGGAGCCCGUCUCUGUGAACACAGAUGAUACCGAGGAGACCUUGUUGGAAAGGGUGAAAGAAGCAGAGUGCCGAGUCUUUCCCAUUGCCUUGCAGCUGGUGGCCAGUGGAAUGGUGCGACUAGGAGCAGAUGGUAAAACCUGCUGGAAACAAGGAACCCAAAGCUUGACUCAUCAUGAAAAGCAAGAUUGCAUUUCCUCCACUACUACUCUGAAGCCACAACAGUACAACAGGCUACAGUCAAAUGAAUGAAUGUCCUACUCAUUGCUCACUAGUUUUUCUCUGUCUGUUGUUUCUUCUGUCCUGAUUUCAGGCAGACCAGUUUCAUAUCUGCUUGCAUGUCCCUCCAAGGAGCGAUGCAUCACGUUCAGUGGCUAUGUAACCCUUCUGCCAGGUUG